UCGGCCAAGUUCACGGAGGUCUUGGUGCAGUACAGAUUCGCACGAACAUGACCGGAGCUAACCAAACGAGACGACAAUUAAAUAAAUUUAUGGUCAAUUCCUCACUCCGCCUUUUCACCGGUAAUGUCGAUCCUGAGGCUGGACGCUCGUGUCACUCAAGAAUAAUCGGAACCAAGAGAAAUGAAACACGUGUAAUCUUGAGUGGAGCAAUACCAGUGGUUUUUUUUUUUUUUUUUUUUUUUAUAAGCGUAUCCUAAACGGACGCUUUUACUCCGAUUCAAGUGGAAAGACCAGAGCGGAACUCGCUCCAUUAAUAGUUCAACCGUUCACUGAGUGAGGAUUUAGCUGAAAUGAGUUUUCCUAAAAACGACAAAAAAUUCCGUGACCAAAGAAAAAUUCAAAUUAUCAACAAAUGCAUCGGUUUGAAGGAAAGUGAAAUAAAGAGGAAUAAUGAAAUCUUGACGAAGGUACUGAAGCACGUACUGGACUCGAUGAAAGAGAAAGACGAAUUUUUCCGCGAUCACUUUCAGAAGCCUGAUUUUGUCGGGAGCUUUUACAAGCGUACAAAGAUCGGAGAACCCGAGGAAUUUGAUGUCAAUCUUAUCAUAAGGCUACCAGUGGAAUACAACACGAUCACGUUUGUUAAAGGAAUGCCCGGCUGCACGAAAGUAAAACUGGAUGUUUCCCGUUGCUCCACGUCCAAAUGGGAGAAGCACAAGAAAACACUUUCAAAAUGGGUGACCCCAGACGGAUACCUGAACCAGGAGAAAUUCCGACAGUCGAUGGAAGGCUCCAUUUCACAGGGCAUACAAAACAACAGAAAAUUCGAAGGUUUCACUUUGGAAGUGCGGAAGAAUGGCCCCGCGUUUACAUUAUGGAUCAACAACGAAUCCGGACUGAACAUGAGCGUCGAUCUGGUGCCAGUAUUGGAAUUCUUCGCGGAUCCUCCUCUGAACGGCACUUUCAACGGCUCUCCCUGGUACGCUGUGCCCAAGCCUCACAAGGUCGGAAACGAUACUCACCUGAAUUGGCGUAUGUCAUUUUUUAUGUACGAAAAAAAAAUUCUGCUGAAACAUGGUCAACUUAAGCCUGUUAUUCGACACGUUAAGAAAUUACGGGAUACGCAGAAUUGGAAAAUCAUACCGAGCUAUCACAUCGAAACCUUGUUCAUGCAUUUUUCCCAAGAGAUGGAGAGUUGCCCCGAACUGGCACAAUUAACGGGGAUAAAGCUUUUUCUCCAGAUGUUGGAGCGACUGAAAAAUGUAUGUCAACAACGUAAUUUAUUAAACUUUUGGGAUCCAAGUCACAAUUUGAUCGAGGCUGAAGAGAUUCAGUUGGCAGGAAUCGUGGGACGAUUGGCGAGAAUCAUUAAAGAAAUUGACAGUGAUCCAGGCAAAAUGACUGACUGGCUUUUAACGUCUUCGGAAUUGAGCUCUUUUCAAGAAGAAUUGGCCGCAAUUUGUGAUACUACACGGGAUUCAGAUACGUCGAGCCGUUGCAGCGAGAAAAGUGGUAAUGGAUCAACAAAUGGGUUUAAGCGUUCCGUUUUUCCCGUUGGAGAUGUCUCACCCAAUCCAAAUCCCUCUGACGACUCCCGCGGGAAUAAGCAAAGUAACGAUACUGACGAUCUAUCUAAAUUGAUAAUCAGUAAUUUCAAGCUCAUACGAAAUGAUAUAUCUCGCCUUCAACGAUCUGUCGAUUUGUUGUCGAAUCGACUUGCUAUUGUCGAGAACAAAUUGUUUGAUAUACACGAUAAAGACAGGAAAGUACCUUCAUGGGGAGAGAGGCCCGUGUUUCUUGACAAAUCAGAGAUCUUUGACGCAUGCAGCGAUUCAAGUUUAGGAUUAAGGUUAUUCAACUAAUUUUAUUAUUGUACUUGGUUAGAGUUUUUCUUAUCAGCUCAAACUACCAGCCAAGAAGGAAAAUCCUGUAUUUAUUUUCAAAUAUAUGAAACCAAAAGGAUUUUUCUUGGGCCGUGAAAUGUAACAAUAUUCGUUGUGACAACGCAUAAAUUGUGUCAGAAGACUAAACUUCGGGGGCCUUUGAAUCGGAUGUUUGCUAUUUUAUACAUUGGACGUUGAUUUUAUACAAAACAAAUUUUGUAUUGUACUUUUUAAAAAAUACUAUAUUUUAUAAAAUGUACGGUCUCACGGUCAAUAAAAUAAAACUUUAAAAAUGUUAAA